AGGGCCCAGCUGAGCUUUCGACAUGUCUGGACGUGAGGUCCGUGAGUAUACCAAUCUCAGCGAUCCUAAAGAUAGGAAGUCAGGGAAGGGGAAGGACAAGAUCGAUGAUGAGGACGUCACCUUUCAGCGCAUGGUUGCAAAGAUGCAGGAUGUUGCCGGUGAGAGGGGAGGCUACCUUCAUGGACGAGGAGGAAUUUCAGAGCCUAUGUCAUGUUGGGGCGUCCUGUGGCCGAUGCAAGCCUCCGAUUCGGUCCUGCUGUUCGUCGCCAUCGCCGUGGAACAAUUGCACUUCAAGACUUGGGAGGAGCUGCGGAGUCAGCCGGGAGAAGCGCCGGAGCUGCCUGCCUCCGGUGGCGGUGCCGGGCGGGAGGAAGAGCCGAAGCUGCGAUGCGUGGCGGCACUUGGCGGGAGGCGCCGCAGCUGUGGCGAGUGGGGGCGCGCCGGAGCUGGGCGGGCAGCCCGGCGACCGGCGGUGCCAGGUGAGGAGUUUGGCAGGCGGCGGCGAUGACCGGGGAUAUUGGUUCCGGCUGGGGAAAGGGAAACUGCCACGAACAGAUCGGGUCAAGGAUUAGAUAAGAUUUUGUUUAGUUAGGUUAAGACAUCUGUAUAUAAGGACUGUAUCUCCUCACAAAACAAAUCGUUACCAUGGUUCAGUUGGUUAUAGCUCGCGGGCUUGUGUAGCCCGUGGUCUUGGGUUCAAACCCCAGCCUCUCAAUUUUUUUUCUCUUUUUCUCAUGCGGCCCUUACAAAUGGGAUAGGGGUAAUUUCGUCAUCUAACUUUAGUCAACGUGUAUUGACCAAACGGUAACAGUGAAAAAUGGUCUUUUUGAGCUUGAUAUAACAGAACAGUGGUCUUGGGUUCAAACCCCAGCCUCUCAAUUUUUUUUCUCUUUUUCUCAUGCGGCCCUUACAAAUGGGAUAGGGGUAAUUUCGUCAUCUAACUUUAGUCAACGUGUAUUGACCAAACGGUAACAGUGAAAAAUGGUCUUUUUGAGCUUGAUAUAACAGAACAGUGGCAUUUUUGAGUA